AUGGAUCGACAGCUCGGGUCUGCGGUCUCAAUAGCAUCAAGCGGCAGUCCUUCCGCUGCGGCACUCCAGGCGCUCGAGCAGUACAAGAAGAAAGAUGCGUCCAAAGUCGUCGUGCGGUUCAAGGCCAUCGGCAAUGCUCCCAUCAUGAAGAACAACCACUUUCGCAUCACAGCCUUCAACCGCUUCCAAGCGGUUACCGUCUUCUUGCGGAAGGAGCUCAACUUCAAGCCCACAGACUCACUCUUCUUGUAUAUCAACGCUUCGUUCAGCCCGGCGCCGGAUGACACGGUGGGCAACCUCUUCAGGUGCUUCGGCACCGAAGGUCACCUCAUAGUCAACUACAGCACAACAGCUGCUUGGGGCUAG